UGUGAGAAAGACGUCUUACAGAAUCACAAGCAGGCAUUAGCCACCCACUUUCAGAACAACUGAGUACAACUGUCAACGAACUCCAGUCAAAACUAAAGACAUUUGUGUUAAUUGAAUCAGGACAUGCCAAGAACUGCAUGAGCCUCUCCAAAACAUAUUGUUACAGAAAACGCCAAUUUACUUCAUCCAAGAUCCACAGUGAAACUUUCAAUUCUGACAUCGUCGGACGAGGUGACCAGACCAGGCUAACUCGUAUCCAUGCAUGCAUGGAUGUUGUAUCACACUUCAAAGGGAUAAAGACACGAGACUUCACGUCGCUGCUGAUGAUCUUAAUGACCUAAGGCAAUCUACCACCUGCCAGACUCGCCUUUAAGUGUAUCAUCGCUGGUAUCCAUCAUGGGAAGCAAGACUCUUGCAGCACCUGUUCCCAUUCAUCCAUCUUUACAACUGGCCAACUACUCUCUUUUGCAAGCUUCCAGUGGGUUUCAACUGCCAUCCGACCAACUACCAAACAUCUAUGGCUUUAGUGCCUUUCAAGCUGUCCAUCUCCACCACUGGACCCUGGGAUACCCUCCAAUGGGGCUACCUCGCUCUUCCUUCUCCAAAAUUCCUGCUCUGGUGGAUGGCAGAUUCCAGUUACCUGCUGUUCCAAUCUUCCCCCACGUCAUCCUGCCAAAACAAGAUGCCACCAACCUUCCUGCCAAAACCAAGCCCAGGUUUGAUUUUGCCAACCUGGCGGUAGCUGCCACCCAAGAAGAUCAAUCCACUUCUAAGGCAGAAGAUCUGAGCUCCCCCCCUGCCAUCAGCUCCAUUCUUGACAUCACAAAGCUGUCACCGGAAAGGAAACCUAGCAGAGGGAGGUUGCCUUCAAAAACCAAAAAGGAGUUUGUGUGUAAAUUCUGUGGGAGGCACUUCACCAAAUCAUAUAAUCUUCUAAUUCAUGAAAGAACGCAUACCGACGAGAGACCGUACACAUGUGACAUUUGCCAUAAAGCUUUCAGGAGGCAAGAUCAUCUCAGAGAUCACAGGUAUAUCCAUUCCAAAGAAAAGCCCUUCAAGUGUCAGGAAUGUGGGAAAGGAUUUUGCCAAUCCAGGACAUUGGCUGUCCACAAAACACUGCACAUGCAGGUCAAGGAGCUCAAACCUUCAAAGAUAAAAUGAUAGAAGGACUUCUGCGAAGCAAUAAAAUAAAAAGUAAUAAGGGUGCACUGGAAAAGAAAAUACUCAAAAUAAAAUGUGUGCGUGCAAGAGCACAACAAAAAUGUGGUGACAAAGGAGGGUGUGGUGCGAUCAACUCAAACCACUGUAAAAGACAACAGUCUUCAUUCUGAGGAGCAGCUCCACCACCUGGUCAUGGAUGCCUAAAACAACCUGGAAAGUUGCCUUCUAAAAAAAAAAAAGCCAUAAUUUAUGACUAGACUCAUGUAACGUGAGUGUAAAUCUUGGACUAAGAUCAUACAUAAAACGUUUGAUGAAAGGAAUGCUUUUGCCUCAAAUAAAGUUUAUUUAGGGCAUCCAAACUUCAUUUAAUGGACACAGGAACUUUACGAACUCUAUCAGUCUUGUGUAAUAGACUGCAACUGUAAGUGAGCAGCAGAAUAAAUCUCUGAAAUGUGAUCUCACUCCUCCAGAAGCUUCAUGGACGAUAAGCUUUUACCAAACUGUAGCUCUGAGGCUGAGAAAGCCACGGGCAACUAAAAUAAAUAUGCUAUGCUCAGUGCAGUGCUUCUUUUUAAAGUAUUAAACCUGUCAGAAUCAAGGACGUCUACCAUUUUAUAGGAUACAUUCCAGUGUGUUGUUUUUGUACAGAUUGUUUGUUAAACUGUUAUUUGGCACUUUACGCUGGUUAUUGAUUACUUACAUAUAUCACUGGAUUUCCUAAACUUAUUUUUAAAUAAAUAGUCAUUUUCUAAACAAAAACCUUCUCAAUGGUGUGUAAUAUUGAAAGGGUAAGGUGGGUGAGACCUCUGCCACUCAUGGGAAAACAAACACAGGUAGAAAUAUAAAGAGGGUUACAAAUAUACGUUCAGUAUUCAAUAAUAGGAUGCCUCAUAGCUACAAGUAACUCUGAAUACCUGCAUAUUAAUAUAUUUUACAUAUAAUAUCUUUUACAGAAUCUCUGAGACUAAUAAAACACU